AUGCUGUCCACACCUCCCUAUGGCUGGAUGUUCUAUGAUCCGGGUGACGACUUGAACCCGCUGUUCUCCAAGUACCCAGACAUCGUGUGUAACUUCACAGCCAUCACACUCCUGCCGUACAACAGCUCUCUGGAGUCCAACGGUCAUCCCAGGAUCCACUUCGCCCUGUCCAGUGACGCCCUCCAGCUGGUCGUGACCUCCUACAGCUUGGUGCUGAGAGGGGCGCAGGGCGCUAGCAUCAACAUCUCUGACUCAGGGCUGAGGAACGAGCUUCACCGAAUGAUCGUCAAUAAUGCGCAACACGGUUUGACGGGAAAUCUGGAGUUCAACGGUUUGGGACAACGAAAUAAUUUUUCUUUCGACAUCACUUCUAUUACCGGAAGCGAGCACUAUAUGAGAGGGCGCUGGUACUGUGAUGACGACGUCUUGGGUGCUAGAGGGCUGGUGCUCUAUCCAGACAGGGUCUUCUCCAACAGGUCUUCGCAGUUUCCUCUGAGAGGUAGAACUGCCCGAGUUGUCAUGAUAGAGGAGCGCCCAUUCACCAUGAAGAGACGGGACCAUAUGCUGAGACGAGGCAACGACCGGUUUGAGGGGUUCGCUGUGGACCUGAUUGACGACAUCGCCAAAAUGCUGGAGUUCGACUACGAGAUCUACCUGGUGCAUGACGGCAAGUUUGGCAGCAAGCUGCCCAAUGGCGAGUGGAAUGGAAUGAUUGGGGAGCUGCUUUCUGGGAAUGCAACAAUGUCAGUGGCCCCUCUGUCGAUCAACGCCCAGAGAGAGGAUGUUAUUGACUUCACCAAACCCUUCAAGACACGGUUCAUCUCGGUGCUCAUGCUGAUCCCCAGACGAGAGAACUCCUACUUCGAGUUCCUCAACCCCCUGUCUCCCGUGGUCUGGAUCUGCACUCUGUGUGCCUUCGUUGUGGUCAGCAUCGUCCUCUACACGCUGGAGAGGGUCGGGCGGGACAAAAACCAGCCGUCAGACAGCAUCCAGAUUACAGUCAGGGAAUCGUUCUGGUUCAUUUUUGGUUCAUUGUUACAAGGGAACACAGACUCGACACCCUCAACCACCCCUGGGCGUCUUCUGACCAGCGCCUGGUGGUUCUUCGCCCUCAUUUUGAUCUCAUCUUACACGGCCAACCUGGCAGCUUUUCUCACUGUCAAGAAGAUUAACACUCCAAUCAAGUCAGUGACAGACUUGGCCCAACAGACUAAGAUCAAGUACGGGACGGUGAAGGACAGCGGGGUGAUGUCGUUCUUCAAAAACACAAAUAUUGAACAUUUCGCCAAGAUGUGGUCGCAGAUGUCCGAGCUAGAACCCGAUUCCAUGGUGGACAAUACCACAGAGGGAUACAAGAAGGUAAAACAAGGCAACUACGCCUUUUUCUGGGACACUACAGUCAACAAGUACCAGACGAUCGUAGACUGUGAUGUCAUGGAGAUCGGGCCGGCCUUUGACCCCAAGGGUUUCGGGAUCGGAGUACCUCCAGGAGCCACCUACAGAGAAGAGCUGUCCAUGGCCAUCCUGCGACUCAGUGACCAGGGUCGUCUUCAUGAAAUAGAAACAAAGUGGUGGGAUACCCGAAACUGCCCUGACCUGACCAAAACCGCCACAGACGAGACGUCAUCCCUGCAGAUUGACAAUGUGGCUGGUGUUUUCUUCAUUCUCAUCGGUGGCAUCAUCAUCGCAGCCAUUGUCUGUCUUGGGGAGUACUUUGCUCACGCCAUGAUACGUGCGUCCAAUCAGGCAA